AUGCCACGAUUGAGACCUAAGCCCAAGACUAUCACCGGACACAUCGAUGGUCGCAAGUAUUCGUCCCUCUGGUUCGCCGUCAAAGCCGUCCACAGCAGCAAACUCUUGGCCAACAACUCAUCUCAACUGAACCACAAUUACCUCUCGUUUAAUGGUUUUAUGGAUAACAAGGCUGAGGAUGGGCUCAAGAACUUGUCGCUCAAUCACAUGGACUCCAGCGAUGAUAAUUGUGACCAACAAAUGGCGACUAACCAGAGGAAUGUGUCCAAAGAUAGCGGCGUUAAAGUGGUUGAAGUGAACGACAAAAUGGCUUUAGUUUUGGUGGCAAAUGAAGACUUGGAGUACGAGUUGGGCUGUGGAUGCGUUCGGUUCACACUAUUAUCACAUAAUUUUGAUGUCCAUAUGAAUGGAUUCACUCUCACCACAGAUAAAUCCGUUGAGAUGAUGGCAGUCUUCGGCCAUAAAGUGACGAUUAAGUGCCAAAACAAUGGACACAAUGCUCAGACAAUCAAUGAUUUGAUGACAAAAGUGGAGACAUUGGGAGCGAAAGACUCGGAGGCAGUGAUGAGUCAAUUGAAAGACAAUUUAUGUGUGAUUUUAGUGGAGAAGUUGUGUUUGUCUUCAUUACUAUACCUCGAAACUGUCGAUAACUUUAAGCCAUUGAGUAUGAAGUCAGAGUCGACGUGGUUUGACAUGAGAAGUGUUGGAACCAAUGGUUUUGAAAGUAUUAAAGUUUGGGAUAAACUCUUCGAUGACCUCCAGUUUGGCGCUAACGAUGUGAUUGUAGUCACCGGCGGAACAAAUGUGGGAAAAUCGAGUCUUAUUAGACAUUUGAUUAAUAGAUAUCUUAAUAAAAGAGACACGGAGUGCAUGUAUCUGGACUGUGAUCCGGGUCAGUCUGAGUUCAGCACUUCCGCACAAUUAGGCUUAACUCGAAUCCAGAGUCCAGUCCUUUGCUCAACCGCUAUGAAUGUCAUUAAACACAAGCCAUUGAUGGCCUGUUCAGUGGGCGCAACCACUCCAAGCAAAGCGGCAAACCUUUACAUCUCAAGUGUCUAUAAUUUAGUGAACUUUUAUCAAAAGGAUUUGCAAUCAAAAGGACCCCUAUUUGUGAACACAAUGGGAUGGACUCGAGACCUCGGUUUAGCACUUCUCACAGAUACCAUCAAAAUAGCGCUUCCGACUCAUGUCAUACAAAUGAACUCAACUGCCGAUCAAUCCGUAAAUAUUGGCUUUGAUUUGACACCGGAAUCGGUCAAGAGAUUCAACGGAUAUAGAUAUUCCGGAUCUGAUAGGACUCGAAGCCUCAAAUAUAAACUAUCGAUCAUUGAAUCAAACAAUAAGAGGUCUAAGAAAUCGCAAACCACUAGAGAUUUACAGCAAUUGUCAUAUAUGUCCCAAAUGCCAGACAUUGCUUUCAAACCAUUCUUCGCGAUGACUCCUUACAAGUAA